AUACGAACUAAAAAAUAGAGAAAAUGGCAGGGAAGGGAACAAGAUCAAAGCUUUUAGCUCCAACUCGUCCAUCAAUAACUUUACCACCAAAUCCAGCCAUGGAUGGGUUGUUUUCAAGUGGUUUAGGGCCGAGUCCAGGGCCUAUGACACUGGUUUCAGCUUUUUUUCCCGACCUUGACUCAACAGAGCGGCCUUUUUCUCAACUUUUAGCUUCAGCAAUGACUUCACCUGGAGCUAGAUUACCUAACAAUUCAAUGGAUGCUUCAUUUAUGGAUGUGGGUUUUAAAGAUGGAGUUGAAAAGGGCCCUGGGUCUAAGCAAAAUAGACCUUUGAAUUUCGAGUCUCCUUUCUUCACUGGGUUAAGUCCCUCUGGUUUGCUUAAUUCUCCAAGCUUCUUUUGUCUUUCUCCUCAGAGUCCUUUCGGAAUAUCCCACCAGCAAGCAUUGGAACAGGUCACAGCUCAAGCUGCCCUAGCACAAUCCCAAGUUUGUCAACAAGCUGAAUAUCAAAGAUUGUUGGUAUCAGCUCCUCCGGAGUCGUUGAUCCGUCAUCCAUCCUUCACUCCCGAAGAAACUUCGCAGUUAAUGCCUCAUUCAGCCUCAGAACCUCAAAGUUCUGCAGUGGAAUACUUGGAAGCUUCUCAAUCUUAUAGGAAAAACCAACUCCCUAUCAUGGUUGAUAAGCCUGCCGAAGAUGGCUACAACUGGCGUAAGUACGGGCAGAAGCCUAUUAAAGGCUGCGAAUAUCCUCGAAGCUACUAUAAGUGUACGCAUUCAAAUUGCCCUGUCAAAAAGAAGGUUGAACGUUCAGCUGAUGGCCAUAUAACCGAAAUUAUAUACAAAGGUGCACACAAUCAUGAUAAGCCUCAGCCAAAUAAACAAGCAAAGGGUGGUAAUGAUGGAAAUGCAAAUUUGCGGCCAAAUCCUGACUUCAGUUCUCAGGGUGCAGCUUUAAAUUCGAACAAGUUAAGUGAAACUAUGUCGUCUCAUUCAGUACUGGGGGAAAAUGGUGAAUCUAUUCAAGCUGCGGAAUUGCUUGGAUCAAGUGACAGCGACGAAGGAUGUGAUGAAGAGAGCCGAGAAGAAAGAGAUAAUGAUGAACCAAAUCUGAAAAGACACAAUACCGCGGGAGAAGCCUCAGUGGUGUUGUCACACAAGACAGUCAUGGAACCGAAAGUUAUUGUGCAAACAAGAAGUGAAGUUGACCUUUUAGAUGAUGGCUAUAGGUGGCGCAAAUAUGGACAGAAAGUGGUCAAGGGGAACCCUUAUCCAAGGAGCUAUUACAAAUGUACGAGUGUUGGAUGCAACGUUAGGAAGCAUGUGGAAAGAGCAUCAACCGAUCCCAAAGCUGUCAUAACGACAUAUGAAGGUAAACAUAAUCAUGAAGUUCCAGCAGCUAGAAACAGUAGCCACAACACAGUCAACAACAGUUUACCACAGCCGAAACUGCAAAAGAUGUUUGCCGAGAAUGAGAACCAUUCUUUGCUUAAAGCGAUGGAUUUUGGGGGACCAGCCGUUUUAAGGCUAAAGGAGGAGCAGAUGAGAGUGUAAUCCCCUACCUGCUAUAACAUGCUGAAAGAACAGGAAGUCCGGCAGCUUGUCCAGGCCAGCUAACACGGUAUGAAAAACAAGCAUACGACAGAAAAGGCCAAAUAAAUGCAGUUAAAAUCGAAUGAUGAAAUCUGCUGAACCGUAAUUUGAUUACCCAGUUUUGCAUGUUGGAAUUU